ACAAAAAUUAAUAAAAAUGAUUUAUAAUUAUUUAAAGCCAUUUGCUAACUUAGUACAACGAAAAUGUUAUUUUGAACUUAAAGCGUGUAUACAUAUGACAUCCGAAAUUAUUUCGCUUAAAAAUGAAAAUUUAUUAAAAUAUUUAAACGCGUUAAAAAGCGAAUUUUAUGCACUACGACUCAGUUCACUAGAAUCCGAAAAGGAUCAUUUAAGGAUGCGUCGUCUUUCUGAUGUUGUCGACAGCUACGAGAAAAGAAAUUGUUUAAUCUUGAAUUUGCAAAAUUUGAAUGAUAUGGAAAAGGAGAAAGAUGAGGAAAUGAAAGAACUGGUCAAAGAAGAGAAACAGGUUUAUACUAAAAUGUUGGAAAAUUUAGAAAAUAAAAUUAUUGAUCAAUUAUUGCAAUCUUGCGCUCCUAAAAAGUGUUCAGAAAUUUUUUUUGAAAUCAAUGCAGGUGUAGGUGGCCAGGAGGCUAUGUUAUUUGCAUCAGAUUUAUUUCGAAUGUAUGAAAACUUUUUUUGCUAUAAAAAUUGGGAUUAUGAGAUAAUCGAAAAGGAAGAGAGCCCUAUAGGAGGAAUAAGAAGAGCAACAAUGAUGAUAAACAAUGAUAACGCUUUCGAAUAUUUACAAAAUGAAGCUGGGGUUCAUAGGGUACAAAGAGUUCCAGCAAAUGAAAAAUCUGGUAGGAUGCAUACUAGUACUACAGUAGUAGCGGUAAUUCCAAAACAUGAUGACAUUAAUCUGGAAUUAGAUGAAAAGUCACUGAAAAUUGAAACAAAAAGAGCUUCUGGCGCUGGAGGCCAACAUGUAAAUACUACAGAUAGUGCUGUUAGAGUUACUCAUAUACCAAGUGGAACGACAGUAGAAUGCCAAACUGAACGAUCCCAAGUUAAAAAUAGAACAAUUGCGUUAAAAAAACUAGAAAAUAUUUUAAUACAAAAGCAAUUGACAGCACAGGAAGAGGAACGAACUUCACUGCGGAAAUCACAAAUUGGUACUAGGAAUCGAAAUGAAAAAAUUCGUACAUAUAACUUCACUCAAGAUAGAAUAACUGAUCAUAGAUUGAAAAAUGGAACUUUUCACAAUUUAAAGGAUUUUUUAAACGGUGACAGAGCUUUGGAUAACCUUAUACAACAAAUAAUUUAUGACGAAAGAUGCAAGGCACUGUUAUAUAUUGUAAAUAACAUAGAAUUUAAGUAAUAAUUCAAAAAAUUGUAAAUUUUUUAUUUAGGUGCUAAAUACAUGUGUAAUUAGAAAAUAAACUGCAUAAAAGUUA